AUGGCGAUUAGGUGUAAGAAAUGCAAUAAAAAUAUAGGGAGGAAUGAUGAGUAUAUUAACUGUCGGCAAACAUGUGGUGCGAACUAUCACAUAUCAUGUGUUAACCUUAGCAAAUCUGCAUUUUCUUCAUUGAAAGAAAGCAGAUUAAUUAAUGAAUGGAGUUGUGGUCUAUGCAGUACAUCCUCUCUUACGGUUGAUGAUUGUCAAAAAAAUGAGUUAACUGCUUCUAUUCCAAGUUCUGUAACUAGUGACAGUCUGAAUAUACUGCCCGAUACACUAGCAACUAUCUUCAAUGACUUUUCCUCUGCUGUUAAUAAAAACUUUUUCAUACUUAGCCAACAAAUUACCGAUUUAAAAAAUGAAAAUACGAAGCUCCGAGAAGAAAUCUCCAAACUAACUGCAAAGUUGCAUGUUGAAGUCCCUCAGGUUGUCAAUGAUACCGUAAAGUCUCCUUCCUAUUCAGACACUCUUAAAAAUACUACUGCAGUUGUAAUAAGACCUAAGGACGUUACUCAAACCAUAGCAAAAACCAAAUCUGAUAUCAUAUCCAACAUUCAACCUGAUAGUGAACCGGGCAUUGCAAAAGUUAAAUUUAUUAAAAAUGGUGGUAUAGUUCUUAAUUGUGAACAUCCUAGUGAACUCAAAAAAUUAUCUCAGUUAAAAGACUUGAGUGAUAAGUAUGAAAUAAGCGACUUAAAGACUCCAAAACCGAAGCUGCGCAUUUCUGGCAUAUCCAGUGAUAUUGAUGAGCAACAGAUAAUUCCAUUUCUUAUUAAACAAAAUAAACAUAUCUUCACAUCAUCUCCAGCAAUAUCGAACAAGAGUGUAGAUAAAGGAAAUAUAUCUCUCUAUUAUCAAAAUGUUCGUGGUCUCAAUUCCAAGCUGUUGCGGUUCUCCAAUGCUGUAGCUGCCUGUGCCUAUGAUUUAAUCGCACUUUCUGAGACAUGGCUGCACAGUGGAGUUAAUGACAGUGAAGUCUUUGACCAAAACUAUGAAAUCAUUAGAAGGGACAGAGACUUGUUGCGUACCAACAAACAGACAGGUGGUGGUGUGCUUAUUGCGAUUAGAUUGGGACUCCAUUAUACUGAAAUUAAUCUAUCUAACACUCCUUUUAAUAACCUUCACCUUAUUGACAUUGUCUGUGUUAAGAUGAAGAUCCACGUCAUCCUUCUCUCCAUGGAAUUGAGACGUAGCAUUAAGCGAGAAAUAUCAAUAGCUUAUAAUGCAUUUAUCAAGAAUUCUGAAGACAUGAUUAACACAGAUCCGUCAACUUUUUGGGGUUAUAUACGACGUAAAAGACGACACACCGGGAUACCAUCUUGUGUGACUCUUGGUGAUACUGUUGUAACAGGAGCAAAAAAUAUUGCUAAUGCCUGUAACCUUAACAAAGUUAAAUAUGACAAUACAAAUGUGAACAUAAAUGUGUCUAUCAUAAGUGAAAAUGAAGUGCUUGAAGCUAUCAACAGAAUUAAAUCGAACAAUGUUCAGGGUCCUGAUGGUAUACCAGCAUUUAUCAUAAAAGAUUAUUGUUGGAAGCUUUCCAAAAUCAUUCCUGUUCAUAAAGGCAAAAUUCGAACUGCUGUUGAAAACUAUCGACCUGUCUCAAUUCUUAAUAAUUUUGCAAAAAUCUUUGAAUCUUUAAUUUAUAAACAACUGUAUUUUCAAGUAGCCGCUUCAAUUACAGAGCGUCAACAUGGCUUUAUGAGUGGCCGCUCUACAGUUACAAAUCUUCUUUGUGUGACACAGUUUAUCGCAGACUCUAUCGAUUGUGGACUACAGACCGAUGUAAUAUAUCUUGAUUUUUCAAAGGCUUUUGACAAACUAGAUCAUGGUGACAGAAAACAAUAUGUCCAUUGCUGUGGAUAUGAUUCUGAUGUCAUUACUGUUUUAUCGGGAGUACCACAAGGUUCUGUACUUGGUCCGCUUCUUUUUUUAUUGUUCAUCAAUGAUAUCUCGAAUGAAUUAGAUGUUGAAUUUUCUUUAUAUGCAGAUGACAUCAAGAUAUACAAUAGAGAUUGUGGUAUGGUGCAAUUUGAACAGGCUUUUGUUAAAUCAAGAUAA